AUGCCCACUAAUACCGGCUUGCGCCUUCCGUCUAUUUCCACCAUCACAGCCAAAGCGUUCAAUGCCCACUCCCCACGGUCUGCCGCCUCGCCGCUCCUAGAUCGCAAGGAACAUGGCUUUACCGACACUCCUAACUCGCUUAAGCUCGCUGCCACCUACUCUAGUUCUGACUCGUUGAACCACGCAAUUGAGAACGCCCGUAAGGCCACGCGGAUGUUGGAGGAGUACCGUGACAGACAGAACUCGCCUCCGCAGCAGCCAAGGUCGCACUCAUUUUCUACCCCGUCGCACAUCGAGCACAACGCUACCGGCUCACCGUUGUCGUAUCCUACGCCACCACCACCACCUCAGACCUUCCACCCAUACUACGCUCCACCAACUAUGGUUCCGCAGCUAAUUCCACAGCCAAUGCAGGCACCAGCCCUGAACGAGCCCCAGUGCCAGCGCUGUGGCAGCACAGAGACACCUGAAUGGCGCCGGGGGCCUAACGGGUCGCGCACCUUGUGUAACGCCUGUGGGUUGUACCAUGCAAAGCUUGUGAAGCGUAAAGGCCCGGAGGCUGCGGCCAAGGAGAUUAUGCAAAAGAAGAUCCGCGUGACCAAUGCCAAAAACGGCCAGAAGAUUCUUAUCAGCGCCGCCUCAGGUUCUCGUGGUAGCAGCAAGGGCAAGCAUGUGGUGUUGAAUCAGAUGCAGUACGACAAGUUGAACCACCAAUUGGCCCAACAACAGCAUCAGAUGCAUCAGAUGCAUACCCAACAGAUGCCUCCUCAGGGGUACUACCCGGUGCCGGCAUACGGGUACUAUCCACCGCCGCUGACCAUGGUACCAACCACCGUCGCACCUCCACACUACACUGGCUAUCCUAUAGAAGCCCAUAUGCACCCUCUCGAGCAAAGACACUGA